GACAUCAAAGUGAGCCAUGGCAUACUGCCAAGGUACGCUCGCUCAUCGAUGCGGGCGUCGAUACUUUCAUUUGCCUUCAGGAGCAUGCAGAGCUUCGCCGCUUCACGCCGUACAUGGACAUUGCCCAGCGGCUUCAUGCAGAGAAGGCGGGUUGGAAGGCUGCCGAGGGCCCUGCACUGGAAUUCUUCCACUGCCCCACGCCAGACCAGCACGUGACAACUGAAGAGUCAGUUCUCCGGGCGGUGAAGACCCUGGCAAGUAAGCUGCAAGAAGGUCGGACGGUGUACGUGCACUGCUGGGGUGGACAUGGUCGGACGGGUACCUUAAUCUGCUCCUUCCUGACAGUUUGCUACGGCUUGACAGUGGCGCAAGCCAAGGACUUCUACAUGCUCGGCGAGCGCUGUCGCCCCGCGCGCAGUGGCUACUGGCCAGCUAGCCAAGCGCAGUACGAUCAGGUGACAGCUGUGGCGAGUAUGGCAGUGCAGGAUAUCCUUGACCAAGCGCCUCUACUGGAUCCACUCGUGGACUGGGCAACUCCGAGGGCCACGCCUGCCUCAGACUCCGGAAAUGCCUGGUGCGGCUGUGACAGCAUCUCUCGUGCCUCAAAGCGGGCAUAG